AUGGCAGUCACCAGGUCAGCAAGCAAGGCUGCUCGGGCCUGCCCCAAGAAGCAUGUCACCAGCAGCGGUCACAUUGAGAAGCCAAAGAAGGCCACCAAAGCCAUCAAGAAGGAGAAGGGCCUCAUGGAAGCUAUAGCUCAGAACUACGAGCAGGAGGACGAGACUGACUUCAAGAAAGCAGUUGAUCUUGGAGCGGCCCUGUUCCAGAAGAGGCGUGACCGUCCUUGGAAAGAGUACUCCGGGCUGUGUCUUUUGGGACUGCCCGGCGAGAUCCGCAACAAGAUCUUUAAGGAGGUCCUGCCCAUCGAAUCCUCUGACAAGGUCGAUAAGCCGCGUAACACCUUCGAAUAUGGGUUCAUCCAGUACCAUGAGAUGGUCCUCGUACGACAGAUGUUCAAGGUGAAGGGCAAGGGCUCUCUGGAUGAGCCCAGGGGCCUGGACUGCCGGGUCCAUCCCAUUCUGCGGACUUGUCGUCAGCUGCGCUACGAGUAUGGCGCGCUUGUCAUGACAAACAACCACUUUAGCUGGAACAUUACUGGCAAUCUGGACUGCACCCAGGUCACAUGCUUCGCGCAGCACGCGGCCUCGGUUGGCGCCCCGGGCUUCAAAUUGAGUAUGAAUCUGAGCCCUCGAUUCGAGAUUGUGCAGUUCACCGGCCGUCUGGCCUCCCCGAUGCGCGGGGUGGAUCCGGAGAAGAAGAAGUUCCACCAGUGGUUGAAGGAGGUGUACGACUGCAUGGUGGAGAUGCAGGUCUGCAGGAGGACGAUCCGGCUUGCUAACUGCGCUGUCAAUGCCAUGAGGCACAUGAUAAAGAACGAGCGCCGAGACCAGGUUUGGGAGGCUGCCUUCAAGGCUGAAUCGUUGGCUGAGGUGGCCUUGGGUGUGGACAUCAUCAACAGGCGCCUCAAACGACAAGACUGA